AUGUCCCGAUCUCUUCAGAUUCUUCGACCAAAACUUGUUGGUCGAAGAUGGCUCUCAACUACAUUGCCUAGAUGUAACAGUGAAGCACAGGCAAUCGAAGAAGAGUUCCAGAGCACUGCCAGAAAGUUUUGUCGGGAUGAAAUCGUUCCAAACGCUCCGAAGUUCGAUCAAACUGGAGAGGUAAACAAUAUUAUUUUUGUUUCUAGAAAACACGUCGCCAUGACAGAGUUUAAAUCUGUUUCAUAGAAAUUGCGCAGUAGAUUGUAAGAAAUUUAAUGCAUAAUGCAAGUUUUAGUAUAUAUUCAUCGUGUUUUGUUUAUUUUAAUUUAUGGUUGUCAUGACGUAUUUUCUAGACUUCAGAAAAAUUUUGCAUGGUGCGAUCGCGUUUCAUAAAUUAGGCCUUUCUGUCAAAAACAGUAUCAAAUAUGUGUAUCAAAGUAGUUUUUACAUAAAACAAAAAUUUUAAACUUUCAGCUAACUAAUUAUGUUGUUUUAUAUACUAAACUACAUUUCAGUACCCAUGGGAUAUUGUAAAGAAAGCUCAUUCUCUCGGAUUGAUGAACACGGACACUCCUGAAGAGUAUGGUGGACUAAAUCUGACAUUAGCGGCAAAAACCAAGAUAUACGAAGAGAUUGCUUAUGGAGACACGGCUAUUGGAACUUCGUUGAUGGUUAACGAACUCGCUCAGAUCCCGAUUCUGUAUGCUGGAAGCGACUACUUGAAGGAGAAGUACAUGGGGUGGAAUGUGAAGGAGCCGAUUCUAGCUGCCUAUUGUACUACGGAAGCUGAUGCCGGCUCUGAUGUUGCUAACGCGAAGACCAAAGCUGUGAAAGAUGGAGAUGAUUACAUCUUGGAUGGAACAAAAGUUUGGAUUUCCAAUUGUGGGCUGGCUAAAUGGUACUUUGUGUUAGCUAAAACAGAUGCUGGAGCUUCACCGAGCAAGGCUUUUACUGGUUUCAUUGUUGACAGGGAUCUUCCUGGCGUCAGCGUGGGCAAAAAGGUAGGAUAACAUGUUAUGAAUGUACUAUAACAUAAGUAAAUGAACAAAAUAUUGUAUUACGCGUUUUAAAUUUAUAAAUUACGGUUUUAUAGAUAUUUUAGUAUAAUUUAAAGUAAAAUUACUUUAUUUUAAAGUUUUCAUUGUAGGAGAAAAACAUGGGUCAGAGAUGUUCAGAUACUCGUUCUCUUACAUUGGAAGGUGUCAGAGUACCAUCAAAGAACAUUGUUGGUAAAGUUGGACAAGGAUUCCUGUUGGCUAUGAGGGCCUUUGACCGUACUCGUCCUAUUGUAGCGUCAAUGGGUUGUGGAGUUCAACAACGAUGCAUUGACGAAGCUGGACAGUACGCAGUGACGAGGAAGUGCUUUGGAAAGCCUAUCGCUGAUCACCAGGUAAGCCAUUUUACUUUGUUACCGUAUUUUAAGAAAGUACAGGAUUAUUUUUUAAUAAUACCGGUUUUUCCGCUAUGUUUAAACUUUAUGUUUUAGGGUACUGGUUUCAAAUUGGCAGACAUGGCUGUAAACCUAGAAGCAUCAAGACUUUUGGUCGAAAAAGCUGCUAGAAAGGUGGAUUCUCAAGCUGACGACGCUACUUAUUACUCUUCUAUCGCCAAAGUCUUCAGUACUGAUAAUGCAUUUAAAGCUGCGUGUGAAGCUGUUCAGGUAAGCUAUUUUUAGAAUAUUUAAAUUUUAAUUUGAAAUAAAAAAUUUUUAAAAUUUAUGACAAUAUUUUCAGAUAUUCGGAGGUAACGGAUUCAACACGGAAUACCCUGUCGAGAAGCUUCUCCGUGAUUCUAAGAUUCUUCAGAUUUACGGUGGAACGAGCGAGAUUCAACGACUGGUCGUGUCGAGGAAGGUGGCUUCAUUGUACAAAUAA